GGCGCGGGGGGCAGGGCCCGGCCGGGCGGGCGGGCGGCGUCACCCGGUAACUAGCCCGCGGGCCGGGGCCGGGGCGCGGCAUGGCCGGGCGCGGGGCCCGCUGUCGCCGGGGCGCCGGCUCCUGCUAGCCCGGGGCGGAGGCGACCAUGGGCGGCGGCCGGGCGCCAGGGACCCCCCUGGGCCUGCUGGCGGCCCUGCUGUGGGCGCCCCUCGCCGCGGGGGCGGCGGCCCUGGGGGCGGCGGAGAGGAGCCAGCUCAGGGACCAGGUCGUGGAGAUGUUUGACCACGCGUACGGCAGCUACAUGAAACACGCGUAUCCUGCAGAUGAGCUAAUGCCUUUGAGUUGUCGGGGCCGAGUGCGCGGGAUGGAGCCGAGUCGUGGGGAUGUUGACGACGCCCUUGGCAAGUUUUCCCUCACUUUAAUUGACACUUUGGAUACGCUUGUGGUCCUUAACAAGCUGGAUGAGUUUGAGGACGCUGUGCGGAAGGUGGUCCUGGACGUGCGGCUGGACAACGACGUGGUGGUCUCUGUCUUUGAAACCAACAUUCGUGUGCUGGGGGGCCUGCUGGGGGGUCACAUCAUGGCCGACAUGUUGAAGGCACAAGGUGAGCGGCUGCAGUGGUACAAGGACGAGCUCCUGCACCUGGCCCGGGAUUUAGGGUAUCGUCUCUUGCCUGCUUUCAACACCACCAGCGGGCUGCCGUACCCCAGGGUGAACCUAAAGUAUGGGGUCCUGAGUCCGAACUCCCGGACAGGCACCGAGCUGGACACCUGCACGGCCUGCGCGGGCACCAUGAUUUUGGAGUUUGCUGCCCUCAGUCGCCUGACACAAGAGACUGUUUUUGAAGACACCGCUCGGAGAGCGCUGGAUGUUCUCUGGGAGAAGCGCCAGAAAGGGAACGACCUGGUGGGGACGGUCAUCAACAUUCAUAAUGGGGACUGGGUCCGGAGGGACAGCGGCGUCGGAGCCGGGAUAGACUCUUACUACGAAUACCUAAUGAAGGCGUAUAUCCUCCUGGGGGACGACACCUACCUGGAGAGGUUCAACGCUCAUUACGUGGCCAUAAUGAAAUACAUCAGCCAGCCUCCCCUCCUGCUCAACGUCCAUAUGCACAAUCCCACAGUCAGUAUCCGGAGCUGGAUGGACUCCCUCUUGGCCUUCUUCCCUGGCCUCCAGGUGCUAAGGGGGGAUUUGAAGCCUGCCAUCGAGACGCACGAGAUGCUGUACCAGGUCACCAAGCAACACAAAUUCCUCCCAGAGGCGUUCACGUCCGACUUUGCCGUGUACUGGGCCCAGCAUCCUCUGCGGCCAGAGUUUGCCGAGAGUACUUACUUCCUGUACAAGGCUACCCGAGACCCCUACUACCUCCAGGUGGGCAAGUCCAUUGUAGAGAGCCUGAACGAGUAUGCCCGGGUGGCCUGCGGCUUUGCGGCGGUGCAGGAUGUACGGACGGGCCGACAUGAGGACAGGAUGGACUCCUUUUUCCUGGCCGAGAUGUUUAAGUACCUCUACUUGCUUUUCACAGAGAAGCGAGAUCUGCCUCUAGACAUUGACGAUUACAUCUUCACCACCGAGGCCCACCUGCUGCCCCUGUCGCUCUCCACCGCCCGGUCCCCCUGCCCCAGGAACGUGACUAUGUUUCACAAGGGCCAUGGAGAGGAGGAGAUUUUUACCCGUUCUUGCCCCAGCGCGCAGACUCUCUUCCCCAAUAACCCAACCUUCACCCGCACCAUCCGGGAUGCCCACAAGCAGCUGCUGCAACCAGGAGCAGAGCGCCUGGCACUCUUCAGGGGGAUUGAGUUCCCGCUCCGUGAUACCAGGAUGGAGCCCUUGGAGAUCUUGAAGAGAAUGGGACUGACCCUGCUCCCUCUGGGUGACCGGAGCGUGCAGCUGACUGGCAUCCGACACCAGCAAGAAGCUUCUCCCCUGGGGCUCUUCAGCCUGAAAUUCAUCACCGAGCUGGUCGACCCACCUGCAGGAGAGCAGCAAGGCGUCUCCCCGCUGGCUGUCCAAGUUAUUUCUCCCCCCUUUUUUGGGAGAAUGGUACUCACCGCUGGACCAGCCCAGUUUGGAAUGGACCUGACCAAACAGGAACACGGGGUGAAAGGAAGCUUAGUGCUGAGUGAACCUUACCAGGCCUGUGCAGCGAUCACCAACCGGGAGGCGGUGCAAGGGAAAGUGGCUCUGGCCCAGAGAGGCGAAUGCAUGUUUGCUGCCAAAGCCAGGAACUUGCAGAAAGCAGGAGCUUCGGGGGUGAUUUUCAUCGACAAUGCUGAAGGCAGCUGCAGUGAGAAGAUGGUUCUGUUCCAGAUGGUGGGAGAUGGAAGCACUAGUGACAUAGUCAUCCCCCUUGUCUUCCUCUUCCAGAAGGAGGGGCAAGUCCUUUUAGAUGCACUGGCCCAACAUUGUAAUGUGGAUGUGCUUCUGGCCACUAAACCCAUGUUCCUAGGUGAAGAAAAAACAGCCCAGCCCUUUUCUGCAAGUCAGUUGCACGAGGCAGCCACCGAGACCCACACCAGGACGGUGACAAGUGCUCCAGACCAAGCAUGAGGUGAGGUUGCUUCGCCUGCUGUCCAGGAGGCGAGUGGCCAGCCAGCAGCUAGAUGUCCUGACCCCUCCUGUGGAAGCUGCUCCAACAGCAUGGAAAAAGCAGAAGUGUUGCACUCCUAUUGUUUCCUGCAGAACACGAGUCACAGUUUGCAGGGUGGAAACCCAGUUGCCAAAAACCUCAGGAACUUUCAUGUUUGUAAUUUGGAGGAAGGGAAAAGUGGCAUUUAGCUGCUAGCCAGAGUGCGAAUGAGUCAUGACAGUAGCAUCUCUAUAUUAUUUAACGCUUGUGCCAAACUUGUUAGUGAUGCUAAGGGCCAAUGUGAAAUAGAAAGCUGUUGCCCACUGUUGGUUUGUUAAUGUGCAAGUGAAAGAGUUUCUGAGGUGAGAGCUUUAGCCCUUUCCUUGAUCUUACUGCAAACAAAGAGUUUGGGAUUUUGUACCAAAGAAGCUAAGACAAGCCCAGCUUUAACUUUCACUAUCCGUGUCACUUUCACGGGCUACGCUCUGCUGUCUCUAUGGUACUUUAAAGGUAGGAAAUCCUCGUGUCAGAGGCUCACUAAACAGUAGGGAUUAAAUGGCCUGUGUGGCUUUUUAAAAGCCUAAUUGAAAUUUUACAGACUUUUAGGACUUGAACCCAAAACUGUAUGAAAGCAAGUAAGGGGGUACUUGGCCAGCUGGAAGACCUAAUCAUUAGGCUUGGCAAAUUGUUACAACUGAUCUAUAGUGCCUUUCUAGCUAGCAGCUGGUACUGAGUAACAGGUGGGAGGAAGAGAGUGCAUCAAACUUUUGCCUGAAGGAGAAAACUGCCAUUGAAGUUCUGUGGUGCCCUUUAUACAAGUUUUUAUCACUAAACUCUCCCCUCCUCUCCCUUCUGGGAAGGGAGGCCUGAGAAUUCCAUUUUUGUACUGUAGUUUAAAGGCUAUUUGAGAACUUUUCUACAUCCUCUUAUUGCAGGGCACUGCUUGGUUAGGUGGUGGCUGAGAGAAGCAGUCUUCUCUCACUCUGGGCCUCGGAAAUCUGCACUUUACUUUCAGUUCUUAAUGGGAGUCAGACUUGGGCUCUAAUUUCAGGAGCGCAAGGGAGAAGUGAUGUUGUAAAGGAACUGGCCUCAGCAAAUUAAACAUCCCUUGUGUGGGCCCUUUCAAUAUAAUGUGUUGUCUUUUGCACAAACCCUAAACCAAAAGCAGUUGGCAAGUCCUGUGGUGACAGCUGGUAACCAGAAAGGGAAACUGAUGUGUUUAUUUCCACUGUUGAGUGAAGUGGGAAACUGGUGACUCCCCAGCCCCAGUGGUCAAGCACUCUUCUCUACAUUUAGUUUAAAACAACAUUUAGCUCAGACAGCGCCCCAGCCAGGUUACUGCUCCUCUUCCCCAUUGCAAAGGAAGGGCUUGUACUGCUGUGUGAAACCAGACCACUGGGCUUUGGCAUAUAAUGGAGUGGGAAAAUGAGGGUUUAAGUUCUCAUUGCAGAACAAGAAGCAGACCAGCAGGGUUAAGUCAAAUCUUUGUAUUGCAUACACAGAACUGGUGCUAGUUUCAUAAAAUGACCAGCAUAUGUCAUGUAGAGGUCAGGCUAAAAAUGCAAAUUAUACAAAUAAGAGGAGAUCAGUGAACCCUGCAGCCGGAGCACCUGGUCAAUGCUGAGUUUGGUGCAUCCAUUGCCAGCAAUGGAUGGCAUCAGUAAAGGACCUCACACUAGGAAUCAGAAUUUAACUGAGUACACAGCUUUGUCACAUUCCCUGGAACAGCUUUAGCUUCCCCUUGUACCUGCCAGUGGACAGUCCUAAGCCUCAACAGCAAUCCUUACGGGUGUGAAGCUGCACUCACUCCCCCAAUCAGCCCACAAAAAAACACACUGGGAUGAUAAUUCCUGCAAGCUGGCCCACACACCCAACAUCAUUUUAAAUGUGAUCUUUCACUCUGCUUCUUAAGAGCAAAGCAAGCCUGGUGUUGGAAGAGAUUUGACUCACCAUGUAACUCUUCAUUGGAAUUGGACUCCAGGAAUGUGGCUGAAUUGUGUAACUGCUGCUGAUCCAGAGCAGCACCUCGAUCCUGUCCCAAGACAGCAAAUAGGGCUCUGCCUCAAGGUUGGCAGCAUCUGCUAGAAAACAUGCCCACGUCCGAGUGAACUGUCUGAGUCUCAGCAGCACCUCCUGAUGCACCAGUUCAUUGUGCAGCAGAUUAUGAUAAGACACUUCUUGUCCGUCAGCAUGUCUCCCUUAAUGAAACAAUAUCUCUCUAUCAUAUGGCUAGGAGCCUCCUGCUACAAACUUCAUCCCUUUUCUCUACACAGUGAAUUUUCUCCACUAACUACCCCUGAAAAAUUGGCAGCAGUUGCUGCUUCUUGUAAUGAUUUAAGGAGGGCAGCAUAAUGUAACUGCCAUUAAAUAUGAUCCACACUUGA